GGGGCCGAGAGGCUGCUGCGCGGCGGGGAAGAGACGCUGCGGCGGGCGGGCCCGGCCGGGGGAGAGACGCGGGAAAGUGCGGGUCCCAGAGGCGUUUGUCCACCCCGCCCCAGGCCGACCCGGCGGACGCGGCGUCUGGUCCCAGGUCUUCCCGCUGCGCUGCCUGAGGCUCGGCCAUGGCCCAGCAGAGAGCCCUGCCCCAGAGCAAGGAGACGCUGCUGCAGUCCUACAACAAGCGGCUGAAGGAUGACAUUAAGUCCAUCAUGGACAACUUCACGGAGAUCAUCAAGACCGCCAAGAUUGAGGACGAGACGCAGGUGUCACGGGCCACUCAGGGUGAACAGGACAAUUACGAGAUGCACGUGCGAGCCGCCAACAUUGUCCGAGCCGGCGAGUCCUUGAUGAAGCUGGUGUCCGACCUCAAGCAGUUCCUGAUCCUCAACGACUUCCCCUCAGUGAAUGAGGCCAUCGACCAGCGCAAUCAGCAGCUGCGCGCGCUGCAGGAGGAGUGCGACCGGAAGCUCAUCACGCUGCGAGACGAGAUCUCCAUCGACCUCUAUGAGCUGGAGGAGGAGUAUUACUCGUCCAGGUAUAAAUAGCGCUGGACUCCCCAUGCAGAGCGGGAGCCCGCCUACCUGGGCCGGGCCAGCAGGCAAGGCUGCCUUCUGCUGUUUCAAAUUCUUGCUGGUCUUGGCAGUGGAGCCGUGCCUGGGUUUCAGAGCAGAGCUUCUGACCAGAGCAUUUGAUCGACAGACAAUUCACAACCAUCUGCCAGGGCCCUGGGCCUUUCCCACAGUGCAGUGUGAUGAAAACCACAGGACUCAAUGCCAGUCGGAUAGGCCAGGUCUGGAGAAGGGAGGCGCCUGGCUGUAUCCCCCGCAGGUCCUCUUCCCAGAGCCUUCCUCCUCAGGCAGUGCCUUCUGGGGCUGGGCUGCUCCUGUUAGCUUCUGAAUCCAUAUGUAGAGAUUUCAGCCAAGGCUGGGCCAGCCCCUCUUGGGCAGUCAGGUCCACACCUAUGUCCAGGGCACCAGGGUUACAAUUCCAUGUGGAUGUCACCAAACCCCAGUGUGGAGGCAGGGACAGUCAUAGGAGUGUGGGGGGGAUGAAGCCCAGGCAGGCAAUGAGGGAAUGGCCUUGAAAGCCGUUGGAGCUCCAGUUUCUGACCCACUCAGCCUUAUCCACAGAGCUGGAGCCGACCUACAUUCCAGGGCUCGUGCUGGGCCCCGGGGAUGCAGAAGGGUCAAAACCCAUUAUCCUGACCCUCGUGGGGCCAUGUAAGAAGCUGAAACCUUCGGCCGUUUGAGCUGGAGGGACCCUGAGAAAUCAGAGUCUCUGAUUUCUGAUUUCUGUGGGGCCCUGGGGUAAACUUAGGCUGGAGACAGGGAGGCCCUCCACUCUGCCCCAUUAGCUUAGAAAAUCAAGAUUCAGUCCAGCAGAGGCAGUGUCUGUGUCCUUGUGUCCUUCUCCUGGACAAACCUUCCUGGUGGUGGAUUUAAAAUGCCCCUUUCUGCCCAAUGGCCGUGCUGGGAGCCACAGAUGUCCAGAGCCAGCAUGACCUGGGACUUGGUUUCCCUGCCCUGGGCUCAGUGGCACUGCUCAGCUGCAGUAGUUCUAGAGUUUUCCAGGGCGUUCUGGGGAAUAUUUGGUCUUCAGUACUCAUUAACUCAGCAGAUAUGAGACAGCAUUUCCUCCACAGUAGUGGCUGAGAGGGGUCCUGGGGUGUUUCACACCCUUCUGGGCAUCUCCUUCCACAGCUGUUCAGUUUGUCUGUCUCUUUGAGGCAGCCACUGUCGCUGAGGGCCCCUGGACGGAGCAGCUGUGGGCCUGUAAUUCAGCCUGCCUGCCUUGCCAUGGGGCAGGGAGAGAGGGAAGCUGCCCAUGGCCCUGCAGCAAAGCAGGGCGCAAACCCAGGACGUGUGUGCCAGGCUUUCCAUGCCCUCCCCCAACAGUCCCUUGGCUUCACCCAGAGGGGCUUCCAGGCCAGCCUGUGUCUCCUCCCGCAGGCAUGCUGUCUGCACCAGCGCCCCUGGGGGCCUCACACAGCUCCUGUGGCAGAAGCAGCUGCUCCCUCCUCUGUACGUCGCCUUUAAGCGACAAGGGCUGGGCUGAGUUUCCUCUGUCCCUUCCCAAAGGGCGCUCCGUUCCCCGCCCCAUCCCGCAUGAGCUGUUCGUCCGUGCUCGCCUGUCCCCUCUCCGCUGUUUAGUUGCUCUUUCUGGCUCUGCCUAUCCUCCGCUUUCCUCGGGAUGCCACUCUGUGCCCAGGACGGUUCUGAGACUGAACACUGAGGGCAGGAGUAAGAGAGGAAGCCAGGGGCGAGGCAGGCCUCGGGAGAGCCAGGACCCCUGCCUGCAGGUUAGCACGAGGCGAGCAUGGACUGUCACAGCUGCGGGCAUGGGAAGGGCUAGCUGUGCUCUUCACCUGCGUCCCGGCUGUCGCGAGGAUUCCCUGCGUUAGAGGUGGGGACACCUGCUGGAGGCCACCUGGCUGGUGUAGUACUACCAGGAAGUGCCAGGGCCUGUGUUCCCAGCUGUCGCCCCCUUCAGGCUAAGUUUCAGGCAGCGACCGACCCAGAAAGAAGACACAGUCUCGGCCCUCCAAGAGUUCUUUGCAGUGCAGUGGCACUGGGGUUUCUGCAGUCAGGGAGGAGGGAGGGCUGCCAGCCUGACAGCUUCUUGCAAGAGGAGGGGGACCAGCACCAGCUGGGAAGCAUAGGCUAGGACAAGCCCACGUGGAGGCUGGGCAGGAAGGGCUUGCUGAGGUCACACAGCUGCUGGUGCUUGGGCUAGGGCGGCUUCCUCCUUUAAGGAUGCUGGGGUGGCUCUCAACGCUGGCCUCUCUCUCUGCCAGGCCUGCCGACUUGGGUCAGAUGGAGCAGGAGUGGAGAAAGGGAAAGGCAGGUCUGGGGUGUGGUCGUGUUUUCUUAACUCUGCUUCUGUCUUGCUCUCCCCUCCCCUGGCUUUCCUCUCUGCCUGCUCCUGUCUCUCCCUGGGGUUUCUGGUGGUGGAAAAGCUCAAGCCUUUGCGAAGCUAAUGACCUGCCUCUGUGCGAAGCUUAUGGGAGGCUGGACCUCGACACAGACUCUGCUGAUGGCCUCUCGGCCCCUCUGCUGGCGUCCCCGGAGCCCAGUGCUGGCCCCCUACAGGUGGCAGCCCCUGCCCACUCUCAUGCUGGUGGCCCUGGCCCCACUGAGCAUGCCUGAGCCUCUGGGGCCACCCUUCGUUCUCAGGAACAAAACCUGAGGCUGCCCUCUGGAUGCCGCCAUAGCCUUGCUUCUCUCAGCCUAGGUUCCCAUUUGGGGACUUCCUUGGGAAGCUUGUUAGCCCAGGGUGGGUCCAGCCAGGACAGUAGGGAAACAGUUGUUUCCCUAGUCAUUUCCGAACAGCACAUCAUUCCCUGAGUUGUCAUCUCUGUUUGCUGCCUCCCUGGCUGACCAGGUGAAAGAAGGUUUCCAAGCUAGGUCUGGCAUGUUGGGGAUCUCAGCAGUGGGGCAGGAGGACACGUGAUUUCAGGGGAGUCCUGACCUGAGCCUGUUGUCAGAGUUGGGAGGGGCUCUGAGCAGUGUUGGGCAGGCUGGGUCUCCCAUUCUGAGGCCAGGGUUCCUGUGCAGAGCCCCACCCACUGGUUUUUGCCCUGAGCCACAUAUGUCUGUGCCAUGGGCUAAAUGCCACGACAGGUGCGUGUGACAGCGGCUGCCCACACACGUGGAAGCUAGGUGGGACUCAUUCCUAAUUCUGCCUUUGUAAUGAGACUUGAUUAAAACUCCACCACCCUUUUG